CGAUGGAACAUUUCCGCCAAUAACAAACCUGCUAGCCUGCAGCUAGCACUGCUUUAUUGUGUCUCUUUGGCAUUUUUACAUGUCUACACAUCAUCUUUCUGCCUUGUCUGGAAGUGAAUCACACGGAAGACAUUAAAAUACUCGACACACAGGCGACAUCAUGGAGAAAAGAACCCACCGCUGAGUUUAACGGUGAAUCGGCAGAUAGAUGGUUCGGCCUCCUGUUAGCUUCAAGGCUAACAUGCUCCUUUAGCAGGUCUCCGAGUUAAAGGUGAUUAUCAUGUCCUGAGACUCAGCGGGCGGCCGGAGAGCGAGUUUUCACACCUGAUCGCGACUCUCAGGAGGAGUCGCCUCCUAUUUUAUCCACUGUAGGGUUUUUUAUUUUUUUAAUUCCUUAUCCGGAAAAUCUUGCGUUGGCAAGUUUUUCUCCAGCAGAUCGUCCUGCUGUGCAGACCUGAAAGAUGAAGAUGUUCUCAGUGGCACAUAAGACGGUGUUCGUGGUGGACCACUGCCCCUACAUGGCGGAGUCCAGCCGGCAGCAGGUGGAGUGCGACGUGCUGACCAAGAGCCGGGCCCAGGGGGUCAUCCCUUUGGCCCCCGUGUCCAAGUCCCUGUGGACCUGCGCUGUGGAGUGCUCCAUGGAGUACUGCCGGAUCCUCUACGACGUUUACCCCAGGGACAAACUGGUUAAUUACAUAGUGAGUGAUUCAGAAUUCCACAUAUUGAAUAGCUGGAGGCGGGAAGAUCAAACCACUCUUGAGCUCAUGUCGGCGCUGGCGGCCGUCGGGCCCCCGAACCCUCGAGAGGACCCAGAGUGCUGCAGCAUCCUGCACGGCCUGGUCGCCGCUGUGGAGUCGCUGUGCAAGAUCACCGAGCUGCAGCACGAGAGGCGCACCGCCAUGAUGGACACGGCCGAGAGGGUGUCCAACCGAGGCCGGAUCAUCUGUCUGACCAACGCUAAAAGUGACACUCAUGUGCGGAUGUUGGAGGACUGCAUUCAGGAAACCAUUAUGGAGCAAAACAAGCUGGCAGCAGGUUCAGACAGACUGAUGGCGAUCCAGCAGUGUGAUUUAGUCCUCGUUCACAUCUACCCGCAGGGGGAGGACACGCUGGUGUCCGAUCGACCCAAGAAAGACAUUUCUCCUCUGCUCACCAGCGAGGUGCACAGCGUCCGGGCCGGGAGGCACCUCGCCACCAAACUCAACAUUUUGGUCCAGCAGCACUUUGACUUGGCCUCCACCACCAUAACAAACAUCCCCAUGAAGGAGGAGCAGCACGCCAACACGUCGGCCAAUUAUGACGUGGAGCUCCUGCAUCACAGAGACGCUCACCUGGAGUUCUUCAAGAGCGGAGAUCUGCAUAUGGCCGGCACCAGCACUCGGGAAAAUGGGCUCAAGGAGACGAUCACGCUGAAAUGGUGCACUCCUCGAACCAACGGUAUAGAGCUGCAUUACUGCACAGGCGCUUAUCGCAUCUCCCCCACAGACGUAAACAGCCGCCCCUCCUCCUGCCUGACAAACUUCCUUCUUAACGGCCGCUCGGUGCUGCUGGAGCAGCCGAGAAAGCUGGGUUCAAAGGUCAUCAGCCACAUGCUGAGCAGCCACGGAGGCGAGAUCUUCCUGCACGUGCUCAACAGCAACCGCUCCACCCUGGAGGACCCGCCCUCCAUCAGCGAGGGCUGCGGCGGCCGAGUGACGGACUACCGGAUCACAGAUUUCGGUGAAUUCAUGAAGGAAAACCGGCUGACUCCAGUUUCCGAGUCCUCCCAUGAUCCCUCGCUGAAGCUGCCGAUCGAGAGGGGCAAGGCUCAGCUGGAGCGCCACACCCGAUACUGGCCCAUGAUCAUCUCCCAGACCACCAUCUUCAACAUGCAGGCAGUGGUGCCGCUGGCCCUCCUCAUCGUGAAAGAGACUCUGACGGAGGAGGACGUCCUGACCUGCCAGAAAACCGUCUACAACCUGGUGGACAUGGAGAGAAAGAACGACCCGCUCCCCAUUUCCACGGUGGGAUCCAGAGGGAAAGGCCCCAAGAGGGACGAGCAGUACCGCAUCAUGUGGAACGAGCUGGAGACGCUGGUGAAGACGCACGCCGGAGCCACGGACAGACACCAGCGGGUGCUGGACUGCAUCGUGGCCUGCCGCAGCAAGCCGCCCGAGGAGGAGGAGAGGAAGAAGAGAGGGAGGAAGAGGGAGGACAGGGAAGACAGGACGGAGAAGAACGGCAGCAAGGAGACGGAAGACAAAAGCUGGCAGGACUCUGAGAAGCUGAAGGGUUUGUUGGAGAAAGAGGAAGAGUCCGAGGUGAUCAAGGACUCUCCGGAUUCGCCGGAGCCGCUCAACAAGAAGCCGCGUCUGAACUCGGAUGACCUUCAGCCUCCGGACAGAGCCAAAGGUCCCGUCUCGCUCCUCUCCAUGUGGACCAACCGGAUCACCGUCGCCAAUUCCAGAAAGCACCAGGAGUUCGUCGGGAGGGCGAGCUCGGUGAACAACAAGUUCGAGUUGUACCAGCACCUCAAGGAGGAGAACGGGAUGGACGUUCAUGAAAACGGGAAAGCCUCCAGAUGAUGUUUCCACAGGACCAGAUGGUGGACCAGUGUUUUUUUCACAGUCGGGUGUCGCCUUGGACAUCAGACGCCAGAGACAUUGAACUCUCUAACGAGGGAUUUCUAAGUUCAUUUUGUACCUGAGAGAUUUUGUAGAUACGCUUGUUCACAUCUUGUACGACUCGGUGAAAGCUGUCAGUAAAGACCUCCGCUGUUGGCUUCGCGCACAAAUAAUGAUGAAUGUGGACGAAUUUCUUGUGUCUCGUCAUUAACCCGAACCCCGGACUAAAACAUUCUCCCGCUUCUGAAGUGUUCAAUAAGACAUAAUCGAAUAAAAACUAGUGUCAGUUACACAUAAAAAUAUAUAAUCAUGAAAUUGUAAAAUAUACCAAAACGUCUGGUAUUAUGGAUUUCUGACUCUGUAAGAAGUUUUCCGAUCCGCUUCCGCAUUGUUUGUGCUAGAACGUGUGUUUUACAAUCUCCUGAUUAUAUUGUAAUUUAUUUGAUGAUGACUUAUUCCUCUGUAUCGCCGCUGUGCUCGGCUCUAACAGUGCGAUGAUCUGGUUUUUUUUUUUUGUUUUUUUUUUACCGGCAGUAAAAGUUAGCGUAUGAGUGGC